CCCAGGUAUCACUUGAAAUCGGAAACAUCCUCUGAUUAUGACAGAUGACAAGCAAUGCCUUCUUAAUUCUAUGGAUACAUCGCGCGACUUCUUAGACAACAACGGGACCGACGCAAGGCUUCCCGACGACGAAGCCAAACAAAAGGUGAAGGAGCAGGUCGAGUUCUACUUUUCAGAUUCCAACCUCCCGCGCGAUAAGUUUUUGCGUGAAACCGUUGAGGCCGAUCCUGCAGGUUACGUCGACAUCUCACUAUUGAUGACCUUCAGCCGUUUGCGAACGCUCCUCGCGCGCGUUAGCAACGCACACCACGUAGAGUCCGCUGUAGACGUGGCAGCACUUCUUGAAACAUCUAAAGUACUCGCAGUGAGCACUGACAAAAGACGCGUGCGUCGAAUAAGUGAGCUGCGCCCACGUGAGGUUGUAGACGCUGAAGUAGAGCAACGCAGCGUGUAUGCUUCACCAUUUCCUAUGGAUGUUUCUAUCGACGAUCUGACGAAGUUCUUUUCAAAGCAUACCAAGAUACUCUCCAUUCGCUUGCGUCGCCAUGUCUCUUCGAAAGAUUUUAAAGGGAGCAUCUUUCUUGAAUUACCGGACGCUGCUAGUUGUGCAGCGCUUAUUCUAAAGAGCGGCGAGCUUGAGUUCGAUGGAGCACCUCUCAAUCUCGUGAAGAAACAGACUUAUCUUUCAAGUAAAAAAGUACAAGUGCGGUGAACGGGAAUCAAGUGACAACCUUUGCUCAGCAGAGGGAGGCAAUAGAAAUGAAUACUACUGAAAGCAAGAGGCGCAAAAUGCUCACCUGAAAUGAUUCGCACCUGCUCAGCAUCGACUCUUUUCUUAUUCCAUGAAUAUAGGGGUAUAAUAUCGGAGUGCAAUCUGAUGACUAUUCAUCUUUGAAAUGACCUGGUUACAAAUCAGAUCCACUUGAAUGCACUGAAAAAUGACGCAAAUCAUUACACAGCUUGUUAUUGACCAUCAGCUUCGGGUGCACUUUUACGUACGCUUGGAUAGAAUCUAGCGUUGUUUUUUUCCAAAGGCAUGUACAGUAAAGCGCUGCUUUCUUCCAGAGCAUGUACCAUGAGGAUCGAGAGUGGAGUAGAUGGCGCGUCGCGUAUAUAAUAUGUACGAUUUCUACAUACUCUUUCAUAAAAGUACCUAAAUUUCUAUC